AUGGCUCUCGUGCUCAUGUUGCUUGUCAGUCUCCUGAAGCUGGGGUCAGGGCAGUGGCAGGUGGUUGGGCCUGACAAGCCCAUCCAGGUCUUGGUGGGAGAGGAUGUAAUAGUCCCCUGCUUCAUCUCGCCUGAGAUAAAUGCAGAGGCCAUGGAAGUGAGGUUCUUCAAGGAAGAGCUGAGUGCUGUGGUCCACCUCUUCCGGGAUGGGAAAGAUCAGAACUAUAUGCAGAUGCCAGUCUUUCAAGGGAGAACAAAUUUGGUGAAGGACUUCAUCAUGAAUGGGCAUGUGUUCCUGAGGCUGAAGAAAGUCACUCUUUCAGAUACUGGCCUAUACGGGUGCUGGUUUGGCUCACAGACAUAUAGCCAGGAGGCUACCUGGGAGCUACAGGUGUCAGAGAUGGGCUCAUCUCCUCUCAUUUCCAUCGUGGGAUAUGAUGGUGGAGGCAUUCAGCUACUCUGUCAGUCCUCUGGUUGGCUAUCCCAGCCCAUAGCGAAGUGGAAAGGUCCAGAAGGACUUGAUUUACCUUCAGACUUCAAAGUGAACAAAGACAUGCAUGGUCUGUUUCAUGUGGAGACCACCCUUACAGUCCACAAAAAUUCUGGUAGUAUAUCCUGUUCUAUCCAACUUGCUGACCAGAAACGAGAAGUGAAAUCCAGACUACUCAUAGGAAAGACAUUUUUCAAGACAUCACCCUGGUUACCAGCUUCUAUUGUACUGAUGGUCCUCUGCAUUGGUGGAGCAGUUUGCAUCAUUGGGGUGAGGAUUUCAUCCUCCAAAUCCCAGGGGAAACUCCAGAAUGAACUGGAAUGGAGAGAAAAUCACAGACAGGAAGAAUUCAGAGAAGCCCAGAAACAUGCAGUGAAAGUGACUUUGGACCCUGACACAGCCCACCCCAACCUCUACAUUUCUAAGAUGCAAGCUGUAAUAUGUAACAGUCAUCCCCAGGAUGUACCCUGCUCAAAGAAGAGAUUUAAGAGAAGGUGUGUGGUGGCUACUCAGGGUUUCCAGUCUGGGAAACAUUACUGGGAAGUGGGUGUGGGAAACAAUAACAUGUGGUACUUAGGGGUAUGCCGGGAUGAUGUGGACAGGAAUGAAAAGUAUGGGACUUUGUCUCCAAACAAUGGGUAUUGGGUUCUUGGACUAGAGGUGGAAAAUUUUUAUUUUGUAAGUAAUCCCAAUAGAAGCUACCUCUUCCUAGAAUCCAAUCCCAGUCGAGUGGGUAUCUUCCUGGACUAUGAGGGUGGGACCCUCUCAUUCUUUAAUGUGGAUGAUCAGUCCCUCAUUUACACUCUGACAUAUCAGUUUGAAGGGUUAUUGAAGCCUUUCAUUCGGCAUAAUCCACAAUAUGAGGAAAAUAUGACUCCCAUAGUCAUCUGCCCUGUGCCAUCGUGA